UACAUUUAUGAAUAAUGCUGCUAUGAACAUUCAUAGACAAGACUAUGUGGUAAGUUCCUAGGACUGAAAUUGCUGGAUCAUAGUGUAGGUAUAUGUUUAACUUGAUAAAUUAUAGUUACACACCCUAAUUUUUCUCAUGACAUUUUACUCUCCAGUUCAUCCAUUACCCUCAACUCCAUUUGAUUUCUCUAAUCUCUAAGUCUAUCCUCAAAAUUCUUUCAAGGAAAAGUUUCUACUUUCCUUAUUGAUUACGCUUCCCUCUUUUAAUUACAGGUUGAGACCUUCCCUCAUUUAGGCUUGAGAAAAAUGUCCUUAAGUGUCCUAAACUUGCAUCAAACACACUUACUCAUCAAACUCCACUUAUGACUUCCCUUAGAGGACAAGGGACAUUUCAGCUCAGUUACACACUGCUAUUCUCAAUUCCUGCCAUUUUUUUCCUCUUCCUUUGACCCCCUGGUCUACCUCUCCAGCUCACUGAAAACAGCCUCCCCUGAUGAGCACACCAUUGUUAUGUAAUAGCCUAACCCUUCCCACUCACCUAUCAGGGGGUGCCAAGCCUGCAGACUCACUCUGCUUUCAUCAUAACUGCCCUGAGGAGAAGGCUGAACACUGAAGAAUCCUCUUUGUGCCUCCCAUUUGAUUGCAUUUUCUUUGGUCAAAAGUUCCCUUAUUCAUGGGACCUGCCUGGGUCCAGGACCCCUUGACAGGUGCUCUCUGGCUGCCUGUCCUCUGGGCACUCUUGUCCCAGGUCUAUUGUUUUCAUGACCCACCAGGAUGGCGCUUUACCUCCUCAGAAAUUGUAAUCCCCAGGAAAGUGCCCCACAGGAGGCGUGGAGUUGAGAUGCCAGACCAACUCUCUUACAGCAUGCGUUUCCAGGGCCGAAGGCACGUGAUUCACAUGAAGCUCAAGAAGAACAUGAUGCCCAGACAUUUACCUGUUUUUACUGAUAAUGACCAGGGGGCCAUGCAGGAGAACUACCCUUUUGUCCCGCGAGACUGUUACUAUGACUGCUACCUGGAAGGGGUUCCUGGGUCUGUGGCCACAUUGGACACCUGCCAUGGAGGGCUGCGUGGCAUGCUGCAGGUGGAUGACUUGACUUAUGAAAUCAAACCCCUGGAGGCUUCUUCCAAAUUUGAGCAUGUAGUAUCCCUGCUUGUGUCAGAAGAAAGACCAGGAGAGGCUAGUAGAUGUAAGACUGAAGGGGAAGAGAGAGAUCAAGAAUCUGAAAAGGUAAAACUGGCUGAAACUCCCAGAGCAGGCCACGUUUAUUUGUGGAGGCAUCAUAGAAAAAACUUGAAAAUUCACUACACGGUUACUAAUGGAUUAUUCAAGCGGAACCCUAAUGUGUCACACAUAAUAGAGAAUGUAGUGAUUAUUAACGGUAUCAUACAUACCAUUUUCAAACCAGUUUAUUUAAAUGUUUAUGUACGUGUUUUGUUCAUAUGGAAUCAAAAGGAUGCAGUAAAAUUUUAUGGGAGGCCGGGCCAAACUGCUGUAGAAUUGUUUGGUUUGUGGAAAUACCGUAAAGUUUAUCCAACAAUUGCACAUGAUACCUCAGUUGUUUUUACAGCAUAUCGACUUGAAAAACGGGACUGUUAUACCAGCUUUGAUGGAAUAUGCAACCCCAACUGGGGAGCAAUGUUUGUGUAUUUAAUGAGGUAUCACUUAUUUAAGGGGGCAUGUUUAACAGCGCAUACACUAGGUCAUAACAUGGGCUUGACACAUGAUUCUGCAGGUUGUUAUUGUUUUCGACGAACCAACUGUCUCAUGGCUCCUGUUCCUGAUCUUAAUGAUAUGAUGAGCAAUUGUUCUUAUGAGCGGAUGCAAAACAGGUUGAAUAUGUGGGAUCCUUGUUUGAGUGAUCCAAAUGCUCCAUACACUAAUUUUCCUUAUGUAGCUGAUCGUUGUGGAGACAAGAUCAAAAAUCAGAGGGAAGAAUGUGACUGUGGCUCCCUUAAAGAUUGUGCCAAUGAUAGAUGUUGUGAGACCUCUUGUAUCCUUUCUCUUGGCAGUGUUUGCAAUACAGGACUUUGCUGCCGUGAGUGUAAAUAUGCUGCCCCUGGAGUGCUUUGCAGAGACUUGGGUGGUAUAUGUGAUCUACCGGAAUACUGUGAUGGGAAAAACGACUUGCCAGAAAUGGGGCUGGUAGUGGAUGGUGCAACCUGUGGCCCAGGGAGCUACUGUCUUAAACACAAUUGUACUUUUUAUCAAGACCUGCAUUUUGAGUGUGAUCUUAAAACAUGCAAUUACAAAGGAGUAUGUAACAACAAAAAACAUUGUCACUGUGUGUUUGGGUGGCAACCACCAACAUGUGAACUGAGAGGAACAGGAGGUAGUAUAGAUAGUGGCCCUCCACCUGACAAACAAUACCGUAUUGCAAGCAGCAUACUUGUGAAUACAAACCGAGCACUACUUUUAAUAUUUACUCGUUACAUCCUUUUUCUGGUUUCGCUUCUCUUUGGUGGCUUUUCACAAGCAUUACAUUUUUAUGGAAGAGAAAGGGAAGGAGACAACACAAUGGAGUAAAUUACAUUGACACUUACUGGGAGAUAUAAGCAAUAGUCACUCUGACAAUUAGAUCAUCUUUUAGCAAUUCUGAUGUCAUCUUGAAAUAAAAUCACUUGGCAAUUUAAAAA